AUGGACAGAGAAAAGAGAGAGAAUUAAAACAAGAGCACGGCAUAACCCCAUUUUAGUUUUUUGCUUUCACAAUCGUUGAAUAAAAAAACAAACCCUCUCUGCAGUAUCUGUGUGCCUCUCAGAAGAAAGGCAUGACCAACUAAGAUUUUCCUCUUUUGCCUAGUAAAAUAUACGGAGGAGUAUAAUAGUAGGAGUAGGGUAGCUGUAGUGGUAAUCAAUAAAAUCCGGCUUGACCUGCCAUUUCUCUUGCCAUUUCUCCUGUGCUUGUCUCUCUCCUUGCUUUCUCUAUCAUAUAAACAAAAGCACAAAAUCCCUCUCUCUCUCUCUCUUCUUCAAUUCAAUUCAAAGCCCCGGGUUGUUUUGUUUUGAUUUUUAUUUUUAACAACAGCAAAAACCGAAGUAUAGAAUCUCGAGAUUGGCGUCUAAGAUAAAAAGUCCACAACAGCUUCCUCCCCUUACCCCCUCUAUCUCCUGCUCUACUACUGCUGCUAUUACACUUUGGUUUCUGAAAGAUACAGUAGUUACUAAGAGAGCAAACGAAACCAAUCCACAACACUUUCUCUGUGUCUGAUGAACGAGAGAGGUGGCUCUCUUGGAGGAGAGAGCCUGCCUGUGGAAACCAACACUAACACGACUACUACUUCCACCACCAACAUUGAAGAAGACACACAAGAACCAAACCAAAUACUCUCCCUUUUUCAUUAAGGGGACAAAAAAGAUACCCCCCUCUCAUUUAAUUUGUUGUUGUUGUUAAGCAUUUCAAAACAGCACCUGGGUGGUCGGUGUUGGUUUUCUUUUAUUAGGUGUUUUUGUUGAUUUUUAUGGCGCUUUCUAUACACAGUAAGGACAAGCACAUGGAUUCAAGUAAGUAUGUGAGGUAUACACCUGAGCAAGUUGAGGCAUUGGAGAGGGUGUAUACAGAAUGUCCUAAGCCUAGUUCUUUGAGAAGACAACAACUUAUUAGAGAGUGUCCUAUUCUCUCUAACAUUGAGCCCAAACAGAUCAAAGUCUGGUUUCAAAACCGCAGAUGUCGUGAAAAACAGAGAAAGGAAGCUUCUCGUCUCCAGACAGUGAAUAGAAAGCUGACUGCCAUGAACAAACUGUUGAUGGAAGAGAAUGACCGUUUGCAGAAGCAAGUCUCCCAUUUGGUUUAUGAAAAUGGGUUCAUGCGCCAACAAAUUCAGACCGCUUCGGCAACGACCACAGACAAUAGCUGUGAGUCUGUGGUCAUGAGUGGUCAGCACCAACAACAGCAAAACCCAACACCUCAGCAACCCCAAAGGGAUGCUAACAACCCAGCUGGUCUUCUCGCAAUAGCUGAGGAGACCCUGGCAGAGUUCCUUUCCAAGGCUACUGGAACUGCUGUCGACUGGGUCCAGAUGAUUGGUAUGAAGCCUGGUCCGGAUUCUAUUGGAAUUGUUGCUGUUUCCCGCAACUGUAGUGGGGUAGCAGCACGAGCCUGCGGCCUUGUGAGCCUGGAGCCCACAAAGGUUGCUGAAAUCCUCAAAGAUCGUCCAUCUUGGUUUCGCGACUGCCGUUGCCUUGACAUAUUGAGUGUGAUUCCUACAGGAAGUGGAGGGACAAUUGAGCUGAUAUACAUGCAGACUUACGCACCAACAACAUUGGCUGCAGCACGUGACUUUUGGACACUAAGAUAUACUACAACCUUGGAAGAUGGAAGUCUUGUUAUAUGUGAGAGGUCAUUGACUUCUUCUACUGGUGGCCCAACAGGACCUCCUCCUUCAAGCUUCAUAAGAGCUGAAAUGCUUCCCAGUGGCUAUCUAAUUCGACCAUGUGAGGGCAGUGGCUCCAUCAUUCACAUUGUUGAUCAUGUUGAUUUAGAUGUUUGGAGUGUUCCUGAAGUUCUGAGGCCACUUUAUGAAUCAUCCAAAAUUCUUGCUCAGAAAAUGACCAUGGCGGCCUUGCGGCACAUAAGACAAAUUGCUCAAGAGACUAGUGGGGAAAUUCAGUAUGGAGGGGGCCGCCAGCCUGCUGUUCUAAGGACAUUUAGUCAGAGGCUCUGCAGGGGGUUCAAUGAUGCUGUGAAUGGGUUCACAGAUGAUGGUUGGUCACUUCUGGGCAGUGAUGGUGGGGAUGAUGUGACCAUUGUCAUAAAUUCAUCUCCAAAUAAAUUUCUAGGAUCUCAAUACAAUGCAUCUAUGUUUCCUACAUUUGGAGGAGGGGUGCUGUGCGCGAAGGCAUCGAUGUUGCUGCAGAAUGUUCCUCCUGCUUUGCUUGUUCGUUUUUUGAGAGAACAUCGUUCUGAGUGGGCUGACUACGGGGUUGAUGCCUACUCUGCUGCAUGUCUUAAAGCAAGUCCUUAUGCAGUUCCUUGUGCCAGACCUGGUGGCUUCCCUAGUAGCCAGGUCAUUUUACCUCUUGCGCAUACCAUGGAGCAUGAGGAGUUCUUGGAGGUAGUUCGGCUGGAGGGUCAUGCAUUCUCCCCAGAAGAUGUAGCAUUGGCUCGGGAUAUGUACUUGUUGCAGCUAUGCAGUGGAGUUGAUGAAAAUGCUGUUGGUGCUUGUGCUCAGCUUGUCUUUGCGCCUAUUGAUGAAUCCUUUGCUGAUGAUGCACCAUUGCUGUCAUCUGGAUUUCGUGUCAUACCUUUGGAUCCUAAAACAGAUGCACCUGCUACGACUCGCACUUUAGAUUUAGCCUCUACACUUGAAGUAGGACCUGGUGGCACACGUCCAGCUAGUGAGGCUGACACCAACAGUUAUAACCUUAGGUCAGUCCUGACAAUCGCGUUCCAAUUUUCAUUUGAGAACCACAUGCGAGACAAUGUGGCUGCUAUGGCUCGCCAAUAUGUUCGUGGUGUUGUGGGGUCUGUUCAGAGGGUUGCAAUGGCAAUUGCUCCUUCCAGGCUCAGCUCCAAUGUGGGGCCAAAGACCCUUCCUGGCUCUCCUGAGGCUCUUACUUUGGCACAAUGGAUAUGCCGAAGCUACAGGAUCCAUACUGGAGGAGAACUAUUUCGGGUUGACUCCCAAGCUGGCGAUGCUUUGCUGAAGCAGCUGUGGCACCAUUCAGAUGCAAUUAUGUGCUGCUCCUUGAAAACAAAUGCAUCUCCAGUUUUCACUUUUGCAAACCAGGCCGGACUUGAUAUGCUUGAAACUACUCUUGUGGCCCUUCAAGAUAUUAUGCUUGACAAGAUCCUUGAUGAAGCAGGACGGAAGAUUCUCUGCUCUGAGUUCUCUAAGAUAACGCAACAGGGAUUUGCUUAUCUGCCAGCCGGAAUAUGUGUAUCCAGCAUGGGGAGGCCAGUCUCCUACGAGCAGGCGGUUGCAUGGAAAGUUCUCAAUGAUGAUGAUUCCAACCACUGCCUGGCCUUCAUGUUCAUGAACUGGUCCUUUGUCUAAUGGCUGAGAAAGAUGUUUAGAGACCUUGGCUAUCUAUUGAAUAGUUACUAUCUAUUUAAGUUAUAAUUCCCUUCUUGUUAGUCUCCCAAGACCCCCAUGACUAUAUGUGGAAUAUGAAAUGUAAGUGAAGGCAGAAUAUCAUGAAUGCUUUUGUCUAUAUGUGAUGCUGAUGUGCGCUUGUCCUUGUCAAA